AUGCCACUGUCUCCUAAUCAUAGUUUUAGUCCUUGGAACUGGGCUACUUCCUUCAAAGAUAAACUUAUGGGGGAGAUUCCUGGUGCCUUUUCUCAGGCCUUUAAGCUUGUGGAUAAUAUGGAGGAUGAGUCAGACUCAGAGGAAGGAGAGGUGGAAGCUUUACUGUUGUCACUUUGGAAACCAGUUGGAAGGUUGGAAUGUGUCGACUUGGGUCAUGGAUUUUUCCUUACCCGAUUCUCUUUGAGAGAAGAUUAUGAUGCUAUUCUCAAGAAAGGGCCUUGGUUCAUCGGCGAGCAUUUUCUUUCCAUAAGACCCUGGGAGCUUGAUUUUCGACCGGCGACGGCAAAUGUUUCAUCCAUAGCUGUAUGGAUUAGGCUCAAUGAGUUGCCAAUUGAAUAUUACAAUGAGGAGGCCCUAGUGCAGAUUGGAAAAUCCAUUGGUACUGUGUUGAGAAUUGACACACAUACUGCGUCGGAAACCCGUGGAAGGUUUACGAGACUGUGUGUGCAAAUUGAUGUUACUAAGCCGCUCGUGACAGGUAUUUCUAUUGGGAAGUUUGAACAAUCGGUUUCGUAUGAAGGGAUUCAUAGGCUUUGUUUUGACUGUGGAAGAGUUGGACAUCAAAAGGAAAUCUGUCCUUUUACCAUCCGGCGAGAUAUUCCUCCACAGGCGUCGGAGAUGGAGGCUGAAGUCGACGUGGCAGCGAGCUCAUGCAGAGUGCAUGUUGCUGACGUGGGGAAAGAUAAAGGAGGCCCCACAGGGAACGUGUUGGCUGCAGGGCAUGAGGAGGAGUCUGCAGGGGCGUAUGGUCCUUGGGUGGUUGUUACUCGCAAAAAAACAAAAAAUCUCAGAAGUAGUGGAACGCAUCCUCCCCAGGGAUUUGUACCAUCCCGCUAG